AUGACUGAUCCCUCUCUUGCUCUCGAUAAGGUGUGCAAUCACCUAAAAAAUCCCGACGAGGCCAACAAGAAUAGUCAGCAGUCAGAUGCUGGAUCCGACAGAUUUGACGGUGCUUCUGGAGAUCGGCCCCGUACGCAGACAAAGCCGACUACUACAGAGAUAAACGAUGUUAGCAGACCCACUCGAGGAGAUAAGGUGACGGUAGCAUACAACGGGUAUCUUUAUGACCGAAAAACGGGCUGCCGCGGUAAAAGGAUUGACACGACCGAAGAGCGAGGUGAUUUUACUUUCCAUUUGGGGACAGGAAAAGUUAUCCAAGGUAGGGGACAUCUGCCUUUGGAAUCACUUCGUUCCGGUCACGUUAAUCUCUACAAUCUUGUAGGCUUUGAGAACGCAGUACUGAGCUUGGCCAAGGGAGCAGCAUGUAGUGUCAUUAUUUCUCCGUAA